AUGAAUAAAGAAAAUGAAAUAAAACAAUUAACUGACCUUAAAAGAGUGUCAAUAAAAUCUGCGGCUUCUGCACCAAAACCUCUAGACUUUGAUGCUUUUAUUCCCUGGAUUUGUGAAGAAUUUGCAGUACCUUACGAAAUAUAUGUUACUCGGAACCUACGAGAUGACUAUAUUUCAACGAGCGUCGCCAACUGCAGUCAUUCAAAAUCUCUUACACACCACACUGAUAGUAAUAAAGUAGAUGCAAAAGAUUACAAGUCGACGAGUCAAAAGAGUAGUUUAAAUUUUAACAAAUUUACAAACAGUUUUAUUCCUAUAAAUGCUUCGUAUGAUACCAAAGGACGUCUAGUGGAAAUAACUAUAAUUGGAUCACCUGUUGAAAUACCAAGGAAAUUAAUCAUAGCCAUUUCUCUAUGUGUUCCAUUUCAUCCUUCGCUAUCGAAAAUUACAAUACGAAAACGAGGUUUGCGAUUACCCGCACUCUAUGAAGUAGGCAAAUUGUUAGCACACUCAAACAUUACUGAAGUCUUCAUAGAAGAUUGCUAUGUGCCAGAGGGGUCCUACGAUCUUUUAUUAAAACGUCCAUGUAAUUUGAAGCAUCUGUCUCUACGUCGCUUAUGUAUCAAUGAUGCCAUUUGCGUCAGAAUUGCCAAAAGACUCGAUGUGGGAGAACCAGCGUCAAAAACUUUGCUUACGCUAGAUUUAGCAUUUAACACUAUAACGGAUGUAGGUGCCAAAGCGUUUGGGGAGACAUUACGAAGAAAUCGCUGCUUAGUACAUUUAAAUCUCUGUAGUAAUAAAAUUACGGAUAUGGGGACAGAUUCUAUCCUAAAUAGUCUAAUAAUAUUUCCUCUAACUAUAGAAGAGGUUCGUUGUGCCAAAAUGCGAAGAUUUGAGUAUUUAAUAAAGAAAAUAGCAGCUUUUAGAAAAAAUGAGCAGCUAUUGAUUUCUCGACGCGAAGAAGAAAAGAUAAGUGGAUCAGAAAGUAAAGAACGAAGGAAGAUUAAAAAACAAUCUAUUAAUAAAUCAGGUCAAACAAUAACUCAAUUAGCUGAAAAGUUAACUCAGGAAGAAAUAGGAGAUUUUGUAGACGUCUUUGACAGCAGUAAUAUAAAUUAUAUUAAUAAAGUAUUACAUUGUAAUGGUAAUUUACGCCUGUCCUCUCUUAAUCUGGCGUAUAAUAAUUUGACGUAUAUAACAGUUCGUAAAGUAUACGAUACUUUAUUGUUCCAAAGAAAUAAUUUGGCUAAACUAGGAGGCCUUGUAAGAGUAGUGUUAGAUGGAAAUAAUGUACCAAAUGAUUGCCAAGAAAUAAAGGGUAUUAAUAACCUUCUCAGUAUAAGGAUAUCGGAUUAUAGUGACACUAAACGGGUGUAUUUACAAGGCCAGUCAGUUAGUAAUACGACUCAGUUAAAAUCUGGUAAAAACGCCAAAAGUAAGAAACGAAAUCCUCUGCAAAUACAGUCCCUAACGUUAGUUAAUUAA